AAUCUCCUGAGGACACUUACGGAGAGUCAUGUCAAAGAGGCGUUCCCUAAUACCGACCUUAAAUUGCUGUUGACGACGGUCAAGGAAGGCAGGGUACGUCGCCACUCCGGAGACAAAUUAUCAGAUCCAUUCUACGAUUCCCUCGAUGGUUUACUUGCCGACUUGCGGACAGUCACUAUAGAUAAUCACGAUGCGGAGGCUUUCCUCAAACCAGUUUCCAAGACGGAAGCUCCGGAUUAUCAUACCAUAAUUCAAAAUCCCAUGGACUUCCAGACAAUGGCUAGGAAAGUCAAGGCGAAGAGUUACAAGUCGAAACGCGAAUUCCAGGACGAUUUGGACUUGAUAUGGACAAAUUGCUAUACUUAUAAUGGAGACAAUCAUCCACUACGGCAUUGCGUCAAUCGGCUUAAAGGCAAAGCAGAGAAGUUGCUGCGAAAUAUCACGGAUCGCAAGGAACGUGCCGAUCCUGUCAUUCCUGCUGCACUACAGGGACCUAAACUGAACGGGGUCAACGGAUACUCAAGACCAGGCAUGGUGCAUCACCGGUCGUCGAGCUCAGGCCCUCUCGCCAAGGCCAUUGUCAAGCCUACAGCUAUGCCUCUACAGCGACGAGAUCUCCCUUUUGCUGACUCUCCUGCGCUGAUCCGGACACAGCACGGUAUGUCGCUGUUCGCAAAAUUAAACCAUGACUCUCCCCCACGCGACGAGCUUCGCGUGUUUGCACCAGACUAUCAGAGCGACGAGGAGGAUUCUGUUGAAGUGAAGACAGAGGCUGGAACAGGCGAGAAGCGUAAGCUGAAUGGGCAGAUUACUCGCCCACGCAAACGGGCACGAGUGGCACCUCAAUAUCCGAUCCCCCUUCCCUCCGAAAGCGACGACAUUACACAGAUGUGGUGGACGGCAGCACAAUCCGAUCUACUACUUCCGAAUGGUCUGCCUGGCGUUCCACAGCCCCGACCACCCAAAUCUCCACUUCCGAAACGCAAGAAACGACGGAAACAGCCAGAGCCUCUGAGGCCGAAUCCCAAGUCGUUAUUGACGCUCAUGAACAACAACAUACGGACGAUGAGAAGAGUGAGGCAUACCCAUGCCAAGUUUUCAGCGCUGGGAGGAACAGGCACCGAGGAUAGCGAUUCAUCGUUGGGAGAGCCGCCUGGAGGCGUGGUGAUACCUGAUGAAGAAGCAGCAGUAGUGGAUGUUGAUGGACGGCCGUGGAGUCUGGGGAAGACAAGGGUGAGAAUAGAGGAUAUUGGUGAGAAGAACAGCACGGAUUGUUUACAGUGGAUGAGCAAGAAGGUUUUGGAGCAUUCUGGGUUUCAAGGAACAUCACAGUCGGCUUUGGACGUCCUUGCUGGGGUCACCUCGGAUUAUCUGUUGAAUGUUGGGCGCACUAUCAGAUUUUUGUCAGACAAGUAUUCAAAUACGAUGACUGCAGAGGAAAUCAUACUGCAUACCCUGUUUGAGAGUGGCGUGACGCGAGUCCAAGACCUCGAACGAUACAUUUCUGACGAUGUGGAGCGUUAUGGAUCGCGACUGAAUGAUCUAGAGAAGAAGCUUGUUGGGGCGUAUCGAGAAGCAACUGCUGUCGAAGCUGUGGAAGACGAGGGCCUGUUCGAGGAAGAAGACGAAGACGAGGCUGGUGUCCUGGCUUUAGGCGACUUUGCAGAAUCUUUGGGAAUGGAUUAUCUGGGACUACGCGAACUCGGUAUUGCGGAAGAGUUGGGCAUGUCAAGUCUGACCAUUCCGAAGCGGCUCCUCAAAGGCAAGAAGCGGUCAAAAGGACCUUUGUCUGCUGCUGUCAAACCCUCAGAACCGCCACCGCCCUAUCCUCCGCCGCCUCCUUUCGUUCCUCUCACCGUUGCCAAAGUCAACGACCAGAUCGGAUUGCUCAAGCCCUUCUACCAGACCCGCAUCGCAGCAAUGUCGGCCCCACCACCCCUACCACCCCCAACUCUCAACUCGUACCCUCUUCUUACGGACUCGUCAGGCGCUCCGAUACCGAUACCCGCGCCGCCACCACCCCCUCCCAGUUCACCACCUCCAGAUACUGUUAUACCGGACGAAGCACCAGCAGCGGGCCAGAUGAAGAUGGGGCCUCUGGGACAGAUCAUCAAGACAGGAGGUACAGCUGCGAAGAAGAAGGCAAAGCCUGCGGGCUCUGCGGCUCCGUCAGGAAAUACAGCUACAGCAACAACGACAGCAGGAGCGACCGGGAGUACUACACCUGGAGGAGAGGUUACUGCGCCGAAGAAGAAGAAGGGAGCUACAGGUGUGGGUACGGGCAAUGGGCGCAAGAAGAAGUUGCUGGAAGCUGCGCAGGCGCAAGCACAGGCUCAGGCUCAGAUGUUUCCUGGAGUAAUCGUCGCGCAAGGAUGAAUGCUGCAUAUCACUAGUAACUUUAUCUACAAUGUUAUUUAGAGUGCAUGGAGAAAUGUUGAUAGGGUGGAUCAUCUGUACAGUGCUCCCACAAAGUGGAAGGAGGUAUGUAAACAGGCACACUAGUGAAUAUAUCAAGAACAUCAUGAACAUACUGUAUCAUUUUGUUAAAUUCAAAUGUCAUGCAUCACAGCAAAAAAACUUAGCCAAAGUGGGCCACUGUAAGCAUGGCAGGUAUGAGUCUGAGCUCGUUAUGAGUCUGAGUUUACAAGGAUUCGUUCUUUUGCACUGCAUUUCAAUCGAGGACCCUGCAUUUUAAGUUUUACCUUGGAAUUCAAUAGUG